UGUUACUGUCAUCCAAGCAGCACAACGUGAAAGUCAAGUUGAGCCUAAACGACUGCACCAUACAUCGUAAAAAUACCUUUAAAUGCUUUAUUAAUUCAUGUUGUGCUUGUAGCGGGCUUAUUGUCUCAAAGUGCAGCGUCUGUCGCGAUGUUUCAGGCUGCAGCUAAAACGCUUUCUGUUACAACAGCCACCUCAGUGUCUCGGGGGCUGUUGUUAAGUAUUCGACAUUAUUGUGAGAGGACACCAGUGAAGCUGAGAGUGUCCGAGGCGUUUUCAGGUGCUGAAUUGGGAGCAAAAAUCAAAGUACAGGGAUGGGUUCGUUCUGUUAGACAACAGAAGGCAAAUCUCUUUCUCCAUGUGAAUGAUGGAAGCUCUCUGCAGUCACUGCAGAUCGUCGCCAGCUCCGAGCUAAAUGAUCAGUUGCUCACAUUUGGUAGUGCUGUUGAAGUCACAGGUGUUCUUAGGAAAAGUCCACACCAAAAACAGCCUGUUGAACUGGAAGCAGACCAAAUCCAUGUCGUUGGCAAGUGUAACCCUGUGGAUUUCCCCUUCAAAAUCAAAGAGAGGCACAGCCUUGAGUAUAUUCGGCAGUUUCCUCAUCUCAGGUGUAGGACAAACAACUUUAACUCCCUGUUGAGAAUACGAAGUGAGGCCACUACAGCUAUUCACUCAUAUUUCAAGGAAAAUGGCUUUGUGCAGAUUCACACUCCAGUCAUCACCUCAAAUGACUGUGAAGGGGCAGGGGAGCUCUUUCAGGUCGAGCCAUCAGGCCCAAAGAAUGAUGAAGAUGAGAAAUUUUUCUCUGUCCCAGCCUUCCUGACUGUGUCUGGUCAGCUUCAUCUGGAAGUGAUGUCGGGGGCUUUUUCUAGAGUCUACACAUUUGGGCCAACUUUCCGAGCAGAGAACUCCCAAAGCAGACGCCACCUGGCUGAGUUUUACAUGGUGGAGGCCGAGGUGUCCUUCACACAGUCCUUGGAGGAUCUCACCAAGGUCAUGGAGGACAUGUUCAGAUCUGCCACGGAGCAUGUCUUGGCUCACUGUGCGAAGGAUGUGGAUUUGUUUCACAAGCAUGUGACUCCUGGGCACAGGGACACUGUAGAGGCUAUGCUGAAGAAGAGCUUCCCUGUGAUUACCUACAGUGAGGCUAUCGACAUUCUCAAACGCAGCUCUCAGAAAUUUGCCUUCCCAACAGACUGGGGUUGUGACCUUCAGACAGAACAUGAGAAGUACCUGGUGAAACAUUGCGGCAACAUUCCAGUCUUUGUCACUGAUUAUCCUUAUGAUCUCAAGCCUUUUUAUGCAAGAGACAACCAGGAUCACCCCGAGCAUACGGCAGCUGCAGUGGACCUUCUUGUGCCAGGAGUUGGAGAGCUCUGUGGGGGCUCGCUGAGAGAGGAGAGGCUGGAUCUGCUGAGUGCUCGGCUGGAAGAGGCUGGAUUAAAAGACACCUACAGCUGGUAUCUGGAUUUGAGGCGUUUUGGCUCCGUCCCUCAUGGUGGCUUUGGACUGGGAUUUGAGCGAUAUUUGCAAUGCAUUCUCGGCGUGGACAACAUUAAAGAUGUGAUUCCUUUCCCUAGAUUUUCCCAUUCUUGUCUUUUAUAAAACACAGUUCCGGCCUAGUAGAUUUUUUUAAGUCAGUGAUGUGUGGUUUUGCUAUUUGGCAAACAUCAAAUAAAUAUGAUUUUCAACCUUG